AUGUCGGCAACCCACGCCCAGACCGCGGCGAUCGAUCAGGCUUUCUUCAACGAUCUCUCGCGCCGGCCGCCCACGGAACACGAUGCCCAGCCGCAGCCCACCGAGGCGGCUGCGAACGCGCCCAGGCAGAAGCGCAUAGCCUGCGUGCUGUGUCGGAAGAGGAAGUUGAAAUGCGACGGCCAGAGACCCACCUGUGGCACCUGCAAAAGACUGUCGCACGAGUGCGCAUACGACGAGGUCAGGAAAAAGAGCGGGCCUAAGAGAGGAUACGUCAAAGCACUGGAAGCUCGUUUGCAGCAAGUCGAGACGCUCCUAAAGACUCACGAGUCCACCGAUUCGAACCAGAACGAGCCCGAGACGUCCAACAUCUUCUUGGGCGACGUCCAGAACCAUGAUAUGCAAACGGAUCCCGUUUCGAGCGCAGCUUCUAUGGCUGCCGACGCCUUUCUCUUUGGAUCGCCCGCCGAGCUUGCUGCCGCGCAGCACUCGAGCACUGGAGGCACCAACGCCAGCCCAGGAACAGACCCAUUUUCUUGGGAGAUGAUAGGCCUGGGCUUGGACGAGCCGCUUCCCGAUCGAGACGUCAUUGAAGAGUUGACCCGUGUAUAUUUUGAAAAGGUUCAUCCAUUCAUUCCUAUGAUCCACCGCCCGCGCUUCAUGGCAGCACUACACUUGGCUCCACACAUGCGCCCUCCCAUAUGUCUCAGAUACAUCAUGUGGUGCCUCGCAGCUUCUCUCACAGACAAAUACGAGGAACUCCAGGAUCAUUUCUACCGCCGAGCGAGGAAAUAUGUUCAAAUAGACGAGAUGAAGGGGCAUGGCGAGGCUAUCACUACCCUUGCCCAUUGUCAAACGUGGGUGCUCAUAACUUGCUACGAGUUCAAGUGCAUGUUCUUUCCAAGAGCGUGGUUGAGCACCGGAAGAGCCGUGCGGCUGGGUCAGAUGGGGAAUCUCCACAAGCUUGACGGCGCUGGACUCGAUGUCAAACAAGUACUCCUACCACCCAAGGAUUGGACUGAAAGAGAAGAGCGAAGGCGGACGUUUUGGAUGUGCUACAAUAUCGAUCGUUACGCCAGCAUCGGCACGGGCUGGCCCAUGACGAUAGACGAGAGAGACAUAACGACAAACCUCCCGGCCAGCGAGGAGGCCUUUGAGAAGAGCAAACCCAUGGCUACCCCGUCCUUGGACCAAGCUCUGGAGCCGAUGGGUUCUUCGGCCCUGUCGCCCACCGCUGGUGUGUGUGUGAUGGCGUACAUGUUCGGUCGCAACUUGACUCAUCUUCACCGCCCUACUUCUGAUGAGCGAGAGGACGACCUCAAUGGAAAUUUCUGGAAACGUCAUAGGGAGAUGGAUGACGCUUUGUUAAACAUCGCUCUUGGUCUGCCAGACGGCCUCAGACUGCCCGCCGGAAUUUCAGACCCUAAUGCUGUGUUCAUGAACAUGAACAUUCAUACUUCUACAAUUUGCCUUCAUCAGGCGGCUAUAUAUAAGGCGGAGAAGAGAAGGAUGCCUCCGCAUGUCUCAAACGAAAGCAAGCUCAGAUGCGCCACCGCUGCCGCUGAGAUAGCGGGCAUCAUGCGGCUCGUGAGCCACAUGGAUAUGGCUGCGAUGAACCCUUUCCUGUCCUUCUGCAUCUACGUCGCUGCGCGCGUCUUUGUGCAAUACUUGAAAACCCGUCCGGACGAUCAGCAAAUGCAAAGCCACCUGCGAUUUCUCCUUCAGGCGAUGCGUGCCCUCAAACGCAGAACACCUUUGUCAGGAUCCUUUUUGGUACAGCUCGAUUUGGAAUUGGAAGGCGCGGGGGUUCUGGCGAGCUUUGGAGGCAACAAGCCGAGCGGCCCAACCUCCAUCCCAGCCAACACUGACGCCGUCAACUGUAGCCCCAUAUUCGAGAUCCGCGAGUCACAGUCUGCAACUGCGCAAAUGAACACGUACGGCAACAGUGGUUUCUCAUCCAAUACGGCACCAAUGCCACCUGGACAGAAGCCUUUUAGCUUUCCGGCUAACAUGGAUGUGGAGACAUCGCCGUAUGGCUUCACACCUGGUUCAGGUUCAGGUUCAAGUGCUGCGAUGCAGCUUCCAAGCCGACAGAAAACUCCAAACACGAGCAGCUCAAGCCAGUUACACCCCGAGCAGGCGCACUUCCUCCCAAGGUCCAUGAGAGCAGAGAAUGACCAAUCGGACAUGGACGUUACUCCCGAAGGCAGCGGCGAGCAUGAUUCUUUGUCGUCUGGCACCUCGCAACGAGACACGUCGCGGCAUUCGUCAUACACGGUGCCGUCGGAGGGCAUGCCGACCGAGUCGUCGCAGCAACGAAGCUACUCGAUGAACCCCACGGGUCUGACACCGUCGGCCAUGUUCUCGUCGAUGGGCACGAGCACUGGCGACGAGUUUGGAGACAUGGCGGCGCAGUUCUACAACUCGGCUUCGGCGGUGCCCGGGUGGGACGUGAGCGGCGCGGGGAUGACGGGCUUGACGCCGCUCCCCGACAAUGGGUGGAUGCUGGAGGAGGGAGGGUGGGAAGGGUAUGUGUUUAGCAAGCAGAACGGGUGAAAGGGAUGGAGGCUGCCAGGUGGCCACAAAGGAGGGCGUUGGUUGAAGCGGCGCCACGGCGAGCAGGCAGCAGUAAUGUAGCCAUUGCGAUCUUCGGGAUUGGCUGUACGAUAGGCAUCUUCUGGUAGCGAUUCCAUCGGCAUAGGCCGCGUGUGCCGUAUCCAGUAUCCUGUAAUUUGGCG